AUGGGUCUCAGUGAAGAUUAUCCUGCAUAUGGAGGUCGUGGCCCGGGUGAUCUGAGUCUAGGAUUAGGCCUGGGAUCGGUCGCCACUGUCUUCAUCAUUCUGCGUGUGUAUGUGCGACUGAGAGUGAACAAAUUUGGAACUGCAGCAUUACUGUGGACCUUAACUGCUUGGAUUUUUACUACCAUCUCACAAAGUGUUGCUACAGUCGCUAUUCUCCAUGGUCUGGGAAAUCACAUCGAAAUUGUUGAGGAGCAUGAUAAUUUGAGACAAUAUCUUCUGCUCACGUGGAUCACCGUCUUUAUGUUCAGUAUCGCAAUUCCACUCGGAAAGUGUGCUGUAUGCUCAUUCUUGAUUGAGAUGAAUGGACAAGGAAAUCCUAGGAUUCGCCUGAGUCUAAUUGUCUGCGGUGUAGUCAACGUCAUUCUCUCAAUUCCCAUGCUAGUCAUUGUUUGGGCCCAUUGUUCUCCUCCCCACGCGCUUUGGGAUCCCACACUACAGUACCAGUGCAACACUAAGAUGGCUACCGACUAUCUUGCUUUCGUUGGUGCCGUGGCAGCGGCCUCCGAUCUUUAUCUCGCUAUCAUUCCGGCUGCCAUGUUGAUCCCAUUGAAGAUUGACGCAAAGUUGAAGUGGGGUCUGAGUUUCCUCAUGGGUUGUGGUGUGUUCGCUGCCGCUGCCGCAAUUGUCCGAGCAUGGUCUGCCAACGCCCUCAACAAUACCGAUUCUACAUGGGAAUCUGGUGUUCUGUUCCGCUGGGGUGAGAUCGAAGAAUGGGUCGUGCUCAUUUGCAUGUCAAUUCCGCCAGUCUGGCCGUUGUUUCGCCCUAUCACUAGCAAAUUUUUGAAUUCUGGUGCCAAAUCCUAUCCCAACCAGGGUUUGAACUAUACCAGCAAGGGCUACAACCAGUUUGCCUCGACAGGACCACAAGAGACCAUUGUCGAUCCUCCUGUCGUUACUACCACUAUUCACAUUUCAUCCAACAAAGUUCCAGUACCUGGAGUCAAGCCCACUGGUACAUCAUCAUCAUCAGCUGAAUCACUGAUUGUCGAAGAAGGGCCCCAAACAACUCUCAGGACCCAUGGUGGCGGUGAAGCAGAAGGUUGGGUCGAGAUGUCGCAGUACAACAAACAUCAAACCUACGAGUAA